CGGUUUCCCUGGCGGAGAAGAUGGCGGCUCCUGGACCGGGGGAAUAUUUCAGUGUCGGGAGCCAUGUCUCUUGCCUCACCUGUUUGGGCCAACGUUUGCAAGGAGAGGUGGUGGCCUUCGAUUACCAGUCCAAGAUGUUGACUCUGAAAUGUCCUUCCUCCAGUGGAAAGCCCAAUCUUAGUGAUGUCAUCCUGAUAAACUUAGCUUAUGUUUCAGAUGUGGAUAUAAUAAACGACCGCACCGAGACUCCACCUCCUCUAGCAUCUUUGAAUGUUAGCAAGCUUGCCACUCGGGCAAGGACGGAAAAGGAAGACAAGUUAUCCCAAGCCUAUGCAAUCAGUGCUGGGGUUUCAAUCGAGGGCCAGCAACUAUUCCAGACUAUACAUAAAACCAUCAAAGACUGUAAAUGGCAGGAGAAGAACAUAAUUGUGAUGGAUGAUGUCGUAAUCUCACCACCAUACCAGGUGGAGAACUGCAAAGGCAAAGAGGGAAGCGCUUUAAGUCAUAUACGCAAAAUUGUUGAGAAACAUUUUAGAGAUGUGGAAAGUCAGAAGUCGUUGCAGCGUUCACAAGCACAGCAAACACAGAAGGACUCAUCUUUAUCCUCCUGAGAAGGGGGGCGUGUUGGCCGAGGAAGGCAUCACGGGCAUUGGGGGCCCACUGCCAGGCUAGGCCGGCGUUCUUCUCCCCACCCCCCCAACAGUGUCGGUAUCGGAGGGUGGGGGCACCAAGGCCUUGGGGUCAGGAAGAUCAAAUAAAAACAAAA